AUGGAUAAUCAAUUUGUUCUACGUCGUGCUGAUAUAACUGACAUUGAAGCAUUAUCUCAACUUUAUCAAAAAACUUUUCAAGAAACAUUUAUGGAAGAUUUUUCAAUUCCAUAUUCUGAAAAAGAUCUCGAUUCUUAUUUUCGUUCAUUCGCAAGUCCAGAAAGUUUUGCAAAGAAAAUAAACAAUCCAAAACGAGCUGUUUGGGUAAUCGAAGAUAGCACAAAUUGUGAACUUGUUGCUUAUGCCAUAGCUGGUCCUUGUGAUGCUGUUGAUAUUCCUCAUCCUGAUAUUUGUUCAAAUAAAGAUGGAGCAAUUAAUCUUUUGUAUGUUCGACGUCAUCAACGAUCUCAUGGAUUCGGUCAACAAUUGAUGAAUGUCAUUUUAACAUGGCUGGAAGAACAGUAUCCCACAGGAUCAAUAUGGGUGACUGUAUCGUCACAAGAUCUCAAGACACAAAAUUUUUAUACACACUAUGGUUUUAGCAAAGUCGGCGAUUUCGAUUCUUCUAUUGGAGAAUGGAAAGAUCAUAAAUUUAUUAUGAAACGUCAAACUGGUAUAUCCUAA